AUGGAAGAAGAUAGCUACUCCGAUGAGGAACAGUUCGAUGAAGCCGAGUCGGGCCAAGAAGAACGAGUUGAAGAGACAAAUGAUCCAUUGAGACAGGGUAAGUAGGAGGAGGAUCAUUAAUCUUUCUGUAGAGAUUUCAUCGAUGCCCUUGAGCAAAGUAAGAGCCCUGAAGUCAAAACUGGGCGUCAAGUUGUUCAACAAGAUGUAUCUCAAUGAAGUUGCGCCCAAAUCAGAAACUGUUGAGGAAUCUAAUGAUGAAAAACCUCAGGAAUUUAAAGUAAAUGCUUUUUUCAAAUGACUAACAGGGGAAGUACGCCAAGUGCGACGCUCAGAUUUUGAUGAAACUUGGCACAAAUUUAGAAUAUUUUUUUCUAAGAUAUAUGCGAGAAUCCUAGCUCGCGCUUUGCAGAAACAACCGAGAUUUUUGGAUCGAAAGUCGGCCAAAAUUUAGGACUUUUUUCCCGAAUUUCGGCACAAAAAGUUUCAUGGCUAUUUCCUCCAUAAAGUAUAAUGUUUCUACAAAAAAUCAAAUUUUUCCGCCAAAGUUAUGGCCAAAAAUCGUUUUUCUCUGACCGCUCUCCACGUUUAGCGUGUUCUCCCGGCGGCAAAAAUCGUUCAGGAAUUGAUAUUUAGUCCAUACCCGACGUGUGUGCAAAAUUUAAAGAAAAUCUGAGCGUCGCACUUGGAGUACUUCCCUUGUAAACGGGAUUUUAAUGAAUUUUUUUAGCGUGACAACAAGAAUCGCCCCCGUGAAAUGUCCACAAAAGCCCCUAUUAGACAUAAUACAAUUAUAGCGGCCAAAAAGAAAAAGAAAUACGAUCCGAGAUUUGAAUGCGGAGAAUUUGAUGAGGUCAGAUUCUCGCGUGACUAUGGAUUCAUAAAUGAUAUGAAGAUUAAGGAAGUGAACCAGAUCAAGAAGUCUCUGAAGAAAGGAGAUAUUGGAGAGGCAGAUCGAUGGGAAGUGAAUGAGACCAUCAAAGUCAUGGAGAAUCAGAUCAGAAAUACCGAGGAUAAGCGUGCCGAGAUUGAAACGCGAGCAGAACUCAGGCAAAGUAACAUUGAAAGACUCAGAAGCGGGAAGAAACCAAUCUUUUUGAACAGGAGUAAGUAAUUUUGUUUUUUACUUUAAGUUUUUCAUCCUCAUUGUUUAAUACUUUUAAUUUUUUCAGACCAAUUGAAAGCGAAGAUAAUGGAAAAGCGUUUCGAAAAAUUAAAACAAACGGGAAAGGCGAAGAGUUACGUAUCGAAACAACGGACAAAGGCGCAGAAAAAAGGAUUGGAUGUGUGA